ACUUUUUUUCUGGACCCGCUCAGAAAUUUUGAGAGCAGGCCCAUGCAGAGGCAGUGGAAAAGCGCAGACGACAGCGCCGAAACCCAACACCACCGGCCGCAACCGCCACAAUGUCGUCCUUCUUUACAGCACCGGGGGGUCAGAAGAAGAGGAAACGCACGGCGGCGGCAGAAACAACCCCAAAGAAACGCCUGGCGACGACCAAGACAUCAUCGUCUAAGCCAUCAAGUAAGGGCCCCGCCAAUGCAGCAGCGGCAGUCCCGAAGAAGAAGAAGAAGAAGGCCGUCGAGCGAGACGAAUCGAUAUCAGGCAGCGAUCUGGAAAGCGACGAGAGCGAAGAUGAAGUCAGGGACAGGAGCGACUCCGAGGCCGAUUCGGACGAGUCGGAUGCCGGAGGAGAGACGGCGGCAGAGAAGCGGUUGAGGCUAGCACAGCGGUAUCUCGAGAAGACGCGGAAAGAGGUGGAAUUGGAAGACGAGUAUGCCUUUGAUGCCGAACAGAUUGACAGAGACCUCCUUGCCGAGCGGCUGCAGGAGGACGUGGCAGAAUCCAAGGGCAAGGUCUACCGCCGAUUGGCCGCCGAGCUGAACUUCGGGGAGGCAUCGCACACGCAGUUCCGCUGGAACUCGGGCUCGGUGACCUCGGUCGCCGUAUGCCCCCCGUACGCAUACACGACAACCAAGGACGGCUACCUCACAAAGUGGAAGCUGCAAGACCUGCCCAAGGACCAAUGGCCGCAGACGACAAAGAGGAAGCCUAAGAAACCGCCCGCACCGCCCAAGCGGCGGCCCGAGAGGAUAUGCUUCGCGAAAUCCAAUCCGAGCAAAGCGAAGGACAAGACAUACCAAGGCCACACCGGCAUUCCCCUUACCGUCAGAGCCUCCCAGGACGGCAAAUACGUGGUGACGGGCGGCGCCGACCGCCGGCUCGUCGUCUACAACGCCGCCGACCUCAAGCCGAUCCGCGCCUUCACGCAGCACCGCGACGCCGUCACAGGUCUCGCUUUUCGCCGCGGCACCAACCAGCUCUUCUCGUGCUCCAAGGACCGCACGGUCAAGGUCUGGUCGCUCGACGAGCUCGCCUACGUCGAGACGCUGUUCGGCCACCAGGACGAGAUCCUCGACGUGGACGCGCUGGCGCAGGAGCGCUGCGUGAGCGUCGGCGCGCGCGACCGCACCGCGCGCUACUGGAAAGUGCCCGAGGAGUCGCAGCUCGUCUUCCGCGGCGGCGGCGGGCCCGGCGAGGGCAGGAAGAACCGCCUGCCGCCCGGCGUGGACCCGGCCUCGGCCGCGCACGAGGGCAGCAUGGACCGCGUGGCCAUGAUCGACGACGACAUCUUCGUGACGGGCAGCGACAACGGCGACCUCGCGCUCUGGAGCAUCCAGCGCAAGAAGCCGCUGCACGUCAUCCCGCGCGCUCACGGCAUCGAGCCGCCCCUGAAGCCCUCCAAGGCGUCGGCCGACGAGGUCCCGGAUCCGAGUGUCGUCCCUGCGCCGCAGCCACGCGGCAUCACCGCGUUGCGGACGAUCCCGUACUCGGACGUCAUCCUGAGCGGCAGCUGGGAUGGCUACGUGCGGGUAUGGAAAUUGAGCGAGGAUAAGAGGAAGAUUGAGACCGUCGGCGUGUUGGGUGGCGCCUCAGCAACAUCACCAGCUGCAGCAGCAACAACAACAACAGCAGCAACAACAGCAGCAGCAGCAACGACACCAACAUCGAACGAGACACGCGACAAGGAGAAAGAAGAACUGAACCGCGGCUUCCUCGUCCGCGGCAUUGUCAACGACAUCGCCAUGUUUGAGCGCGGCGACAGGGGGCGGGACGGCCUCUGCGUCGUGGUUGUCACGGGCAAGGAGAUGCGGCUCGGCAGGUGGAAGACCAUGAGGGAGGGUCGGUGCGGCGCCGUCAUUUUCGAGGUCCCCAAGGUGGUGUCGAAGAAGCAGAAUGGGGAUGAGCAGAACGGGCGGUUAACGGGAUCUGAGGGGGACGAUUAGCUGCUCGCUCGGCAAGUUGUGGUAGGACGCAAAACCUAGAGCAUGGAUCUGUUGUCGGCCUAUAUACC